AUGAGGCAAGAACAGGUAGUUCGAAGAAGUUCUUCCUUCGAUAAGCGUCGUCGUUCACUUUCCCGUACUAGGUCCCGGUCCCGGGCCAAUUCCAUACAAUCUCAGACAUCCUCAUCAGCAAGUAUACUUGUAGACGACAACAAUUAUGAAAUGUUCUCGGGUGCCACCUCAGAAAUUAUUCCCAGUUCAAUUACAUCCUUACAUUACCCACAUAACUUUUUACGAAGAUCUUCAAGAGUUUCAAGAGAGACAUCACCUUUAUUAAGCCCCGAUGAAGAAGUUAUGCUAGAUCAUGUUACUAGUAGAGUAUCGCAAGCUCCCUCGAUUGACAUCGCUGCUAAUUUCAAGUUCUUCUCUGCAGAUGAAAUUGAACAAGCUCAAGGUGGGUCUACCUUAGAGAAUAAGGAGGACCCAGUCGAUUACAACACAAAUUGGGAUUAUAAUGUGGAUAAGUUCCAAGAAGAAGAUGACUUUAAUCAGGUGUUUGAAAGUGAACGCUAUUCGCCUGAAGAAACUCCCGAUUAUGGUUCAUUAGAUUAUGAUAGAAGAAGAAGAGAUUCGGAUGAGAGCUCCAAGUCAGUCCUUCUCGAUGAAACUACUGAGACUGUUGAUGAGUCAACUUUUUUCAAACAGUAUCCUGCCAAGUUACAGUAUCAAAGAUAUUAUCUUGCCGAAGAAGAUUUAGUCAUUGGUAUUGCCGGAUAUCGUAAUUGUUGGUGGAAACUGGUUAUAUACUAUAUUGUAUGCUUGUUCACUCUAGGCAUGGGAUAUUUGGUUCUAAGAUGGCUUCCAAAAUACAGAGUUAACCUUAUGGGUACCAGGUGUCCUUUAGGCGUUGCCCAAUGGUGUGUCGUCGAAAAUGAAUUUGGGGAAUUGCAAAUUGUUAGCAUCAAUCGUCAAAGGUUUGAAGAUGUACUCUCCAACUUCAUGACUAAUGAAGGAGAAGCUAAUCCGGUUGUUCCGUAUAUUCAUUCGUUUACAUAUAGAUACAUCAAAUUUUUCUACAAUCCAUUAGAAGAUAUCUUCAAGACUAACUCCAACUGGUUUGAUAAUCGUUGGUUGAAUUUCAAAACUACUAAAGAUGGUAUAUCUCACCAAACUCAUCAGCAAAGAGUGGAAAUCUUUGGAGAAAACAAAAUUGAAAUUGUUGAUAAGUCAGUUGGUCAACUUUUAGUUGAUGAGGUCUUACAUCCAUUCUAUAUCUUCCAAGUGUUUUCCAUCUUUCUUUGGCUUGCUGAUGAUUAUUACUAUUACGCGUCGUGUAUUUUCAUUAUUUCCAUGAUUUCCAUCAUAAAUUCUUUAAUUGAAACGAAAACGACCAUGAAGAGACUUCAACAAAUGUCACAAUUCUCGUGUGACGUAAGAGUAUGGCGUAAUGAAUUUUGGAAACAAAUUAACUCGACUGAGUUGGUUCCAGGUGAUGUAUUUGAAUUAGAUCCUUCUUUGACUAUGAUUCCUUGUGAUUGUUUAUUGAUUAAUGGUGAAUCGGUUAUUAAUGAAUCUAUGUUAACUGGUGAAAGUGUUCCAGUUACUAAAUUCAUGGCUACCAAAGAUACUGUCCGUUUAUUAACUUCCAAUUUCAUUGAUGCUACACUUUCGAAAUCAUUUUUAUUCAACGGAACUAAACUUCUCAAGAUUAAAGGAAAUGACCAACCAGUUACCGCCAUGGCAAUACGUACCGGUUUCAACACCACUAAAGGAUCCUUAAUCCGUUCCAUGCUUUUCCCUAAGCCAACUGGAUUUAAAUUUUAUCGUGAUUCUUUCAAAUAUAUUGGAUUCAUGACUAUUAUUGCCGCCUUGGGGUUCACUUAUUCUACGUAUAAUUUCAUUCAAUUGGGAAUCAGCAAAAAGAUUAUGAUAUUACGUGCAUUGGAUAUCAUCACCAUUGUAGUGCCCCCUGCAUUACCAGCUACUUUAACUAUUGGAACUACAUUCGCCGUAUCCAGAUUAAAGAAAUUGCAAAUCUUCUGUAUAUCACCCACGAGAGUUAAUGUUGCUGGUAAAUUAGACGUAUUAUGUUUUGACAAGACUGGGACAUUGACUGAAGAUGGAUUGGAUGUAUUGGGUGUUCAUUUAGCUAAUAAUGCCAAAGGUAGAAAAGAAAUUAUAUUUGGAGAUUUACUUGAGGAUGUUAACGCUUUAGGUGUGAGCAAGGCAUCCGAACACUCGACUAAUAAUGGAAAGUAUUUGCUUGGUUGUAUGACUUCUUGUCAUUCGUUAAGACACAUAGACAAUGAGUUAUUAGGUGACCCCUUGGAUGUGAAAAUGUUUGAAUUUACCAACUGGGAAUAUAACGGGGAAUCCCAUGUACCUAUUGUAUUUCAAGGUAACUCACAAUAUGAAAUCAUUCAUGAGUUUGAAUUCAUGGCUUCGUUAAGAAGAAUGUCGGUAAUUGUUAAAUCCGAUAAAGGUCUGUUAGUGUUUACCAAAGGUGCUCCUGAAGUCAUGCAGGAAAUAUGUCAAGUUGAUACUUUACCUAGUAAUUACGAAGAGAUCCUUCAUCAUUAUACUCAUUCUGGAUAUAGAGUCAUUGCAUGUGGGUAUAAGCAAAUUAAGGAAGUUACGAAUAGACAACAUGCCGAAUCUGAACUUAUCUUCACUGGUUUCAUUGUGUUUGAAAAUAAAUUAAAAGCAUCAACAAAGGAAACGUUGCAGAAGCUUCAAGGAGAUGCUCAAAUUAGAACUAUUAUGUGUACUGGUGAUAACAUUCUUACUGCUAUUAGUGUUGCUCGUGAAUGUCAAUUGAUCCCAGAUAAAAUCGAACAGAUUUACGUUCCUUCAGUCGACUACAAACAAGAUGGUGAAUAUCUCAUCACAUGGGAAGAAGUCAAUGAUCCAACAAAUACUCUUAAUCCAGAUACCGUUAAACCAAAUAAUAUUAGACAAGAUGCAUACAAACUUGCUAUAACAGGUGACAUAUUCCGUAUUCUCCUUACUGAAAUUAAAAACAAGGACCUUAUUCAAAAUGUGCUUAUGAAUUGUGACGUUUUUGCUAGAAUGUCUCCAGAUGAAAAGCAUGAAUUAGUGGAACAGUUACAAAAGAUUGAUUAUACUGUUGGGUUCUGUGGUGAUGGAGCAAAUGAUUGUGGUGCAUUAAAAGCAGCCGAUGUUGGUAUAUCGUUAAGUGAAGCCGAAGCAUCAGUAGCUGCUCCAUUCACUUCUCGAGUGUUUGAAAUUUCAUGUGUGUUAGAUGUUAUCAAACAAGGUAGAUCAAGCUUAGUCACCAGUUUUUCGUGUUUCAAGUAUAUGUCCUUGUAUUCGGCUAUCCAGUUUAUUACUGUGACUAUAUUAUACAAAACAGGUACUAAUCUUGGUGAUUUCCAAUUUUUAUACAUUGACUUGUUCCUUAUUCUCCCAUUAGCUAUUUUUAUGUCAUGGUCCAAGCCAUAUAAUGAGUUAAUUGCCAAAAGACCCACGGCAAAUUUGGUUUCCCCCAAGAUCUUGAUUCCACUCAUUUGCCAAAUCAUAGUCAUUCUCAUAUUCCAAGUUAUUCUUUGGUUAUGGGUUAAGACUGAACCAUGGUACGUAAAACCAGUCCCUGGAGGUGAUGACUCUGUGAAAUCUCUGGAUAAUACGGUAUUAUUCUUGUUCUCGAACUUUCAGUAUAUCAUCAUAGCCGUUGUAUUAAGUCAAGGACCACCAUAUCGUGAAUCAAUGCUCAAGAAUUACCCAUUCAUGAUCAAUUUAGUAUUUGCGGUCUUAAUUUCAAUGUGGAUGUUUUCCAUCGAUGGUAACUCUGGACUUGGUGAUUUCAUGCAAUUGACUAAUUUAAGUACAGCAUUUUACUGCUAUAUUGUCUUAUUCUCGGUGGUUAAUUUUGGAGUGAUGAUGAUUGGUGAACACAACUGGUUUAAGAAAGUAGCUAUGGGGUAUAAGCGAGUAUUCCAAAGACUGAAGAUUGGCAAGAGUAAAAAAUUGUUUAAGAAUUUGAAUAAAGAGUUUAGUCAAAUUGAGAUUGUAUAA